GCGGGCGACGAGAGGACGGUGGAGAGAGAGAGAGAGAGAGAGAGAGAGAUGUUGGUAUAUAGAAGUAGAAUAUCCCUUUUCUGUGGGCGAAAGAGGUCGUACAAGGUGAGUGGAGAAGCUCGAGGAAGGAAGCGAAGCGACUUGGGAGGAAGGGGUGGAGGGUAUUUGGUUUGAUUGCUGUGGCUGCUACUGCUGCUUCCCCGGAUUCGAUCGGGUGCGAUCGUGCUACCGGGGGCCGGGACAGGAGUUGGAUGGUGCGGAUGAACGGUGGCGGCUGCGGGGGGGCGGAGUCGAAGGUGCCGGCUCUUUGGCGACUCGCUGACGAGAUGAACGCGCCGGGGACCGAGUGCCGGGCGUUGGAGGCGGAAUAUGUUCGGAGUUUCCACCGUCACGUGCCCAACGAGAACCAGUGCAGCUCCGCCAUAUUCAAGCACAUCAAAGCCCCUGUCCACCAUGUGUGGUCUCUCGUUCGAAGGUUUGAUCAGCCGCAGAAGUACAAGCCCUUUGUUAGCAGAUGCAUCGUGCAGGAUGGCACUGGGGUUGGGAGCCUGAGAGAGGUAAAUAUCAAAUCUGGACUACCUGCGACCACCAGCUUCGAAAGGCUGGAGCACCUCGACGACGAUGAACGGGUUCUCAGCAUCAGAAUUGUCGGGGGAGACCACAGACUCAAGAACUACUCAUCUAUCAUUACCGCCCAUCCUGAAACGAUAGACGGUAGACCAGCAACUCUGGUAAUCGAGUCGUUUGUAGUGGAUGUUCCAGAUGGAAACACAAAGGAAGAGACCUGCUACUUUGUGGAGGCAUUGAUCAAGUGCAACCUGAAAUCGUUGGCUGACAUAUCGGAGCGCUUGGCAGUUCAGGAUUACACAGAGCCGAUUGACUGCUAAAAGCCAUCGAGGGACAUGGAGAUAGCCGCAAGCGAGCGAGCUAUGCUCGUUCUAUGACUUGAGAUCGUUCUUGGUGUCGUUUUCGCAUUGAGGUAAAUUGGACCAUCAGCUCUAUUAGAGUGUAAGAACCAUAGGGCGUUGGAUCAUUAUUUCACAGCUUUGGUGCAUUUAUUAAGGAUCAUUAUUUCACACUCUCUCUGUUCCAUCAGGAUAAGAUUUGAGACAUGUUGGACUUUGGCCUCUGCAAAUAUGAAUCUUGUGCUGUUGUUACA